GAAAGGACGCCGGCUGGUCCAGAAGCCCGCGAUGCUCCCGCCUUCCUCGUCUCCUUCCUCCUCCUCUUCUUCUUCCUCCUCCUCCUCCUCCUCUUCCCUCAGGGCCAGGCCGCUCGUCCAGGUGUGGCCGCAGAUGAUGGUGAUGCCGUUGCUGCCGCCGCCGCCGCCGCCGCCCCCCUCCCGCCGGAGCUGAUGCUCCCCUCAGGCGAGGCGGGAGCCCUGAGGCAGGGGGAGCGCGGCUUCCCUCUCCCCCCCGGCCCCGCCCUGCCGCCGGGGACCCCCCGCCGCCCCGGCGGAGGAGGGAGGAGGAAAGCUCGGACCAUGGCCUGGGGCUCCCCCCCGCGGCCGCUCUUCCUCCUCCUCCUCCUCCUCUUCCUCCUCUCCUUCCCGCUCUCGCUCACCCCGAAGGAGCCGGGCAGAAGCGGGCCGAGCAGGCGAGGGGCAAGAUGGGCGUGAAGUCCCGCAAGGCAACUACUCCGGCCGCGGAAACCCCGGCGGUUCCCGGCGGGGUGUUGGAAAGCAAAACGGCCGGAGGGGACCUGGCUUCGGCCGGCGACUUGGAGCAAGGCACGUUGGCUCUGGGCGCCUCCGGGGCUGACCGGGACGGGGCCCUGCUGCUGGAAGGGACGGGCAGGGAAGGAAGCGGGAGGCGUUCGGCUCCCGCCAUCGGCUUGCUGGCCAAGACCCCGCUGAGCCGGCCGGUCAAGAGGAACAACGUCAAGUACCGCCGGAUCCAGACCUUGAUCUACGACGCGCUGGAGCGGCCGCGGGGCUGGGCGCUGCUCUACCACGCCUUCGUAUUUCUGAUCGUGCUGGGAUGCCUGAUUUUAGCAGUGCUGACCACUUUUGGAGAAUACGAAAAAGCUUCUGGAUAUUGGCUCUUGCUUUUGGAAACUUUUGCCAUUUUCAUCUUCGGAGCAGAAUUUGCCUUAAGGAUCUGGGCAGCUGGCUGCUGUUGUCGAUACAAGGGCUGGCGUGGAAGGCUGAAAUUUGCCAGAAAGCCUCUCUGUAUGUUGGAUAUCUUCGUACUGAUCGCCUCUGUCCCAGUGGUAGCUGUUGGCAACCAAGGCAAUGUCCUAGCUACAUCUCUGAGAAGUCUCCGUUUCCUCCAGAUCCUAAGGAUGCUGCGUAUGGACCGGAGAGGUGGCACCUGGAAGCUUCUGGGAUCAGCUAUUUGUGCACACAGCAAAGAGCUCAUCACUGCCUGGUACAUUGGAUUCUUAACCCUCAUCCUCUCCUCGUUCCUGGUUUACCUGGUGGAGAAGGACGUGCUUGAAAAAGACGAGGAUGGAAAAGAGACCAAAGAGUUUGGGACUUAUGCUGACGCCCUCUGGUGGGGACUGAUUACGCUGGCAACAAUCGGCUACGGGGACAAGACACCCAAAACGUGGGAAGGGCGCUUGAUCGCAGCUGCGUUUUCGUUAAUCGGAGUUUCAUUUUUUGCCCUUCCGGCUGGCAUUUUGGGUUCAGGACUGGCUCUAAAAGUCCAGGAACAACAUCGCCAAAAGCACUUUGAAAAAAGAAGGAAACCGGCAGCUGAACUCAUACAGGCUGCCUGGAGGUACUACGCUACUAAUCCUAAUAGGAUAGAUCUUGUUGCCACAUGGAGGUUUUACGAGACUGUGGUAUCAUUCCCAUAUUUCAGGAAAGAACAAGUGGAUGGAACCAGCCAAAAGCUGGGUCUCUUGGAUCGGGUUCGUGGUAGCAAUCCUAAAGGAAAGCUGUUUACUCCUCUGAAUGUAGAAGCAAUUGAAGAAAGUCCUUCCAAAGAGUCCAAGAACGUUGUCCUGAUUAACCGAGAUCGAUUGCGCACUGCCUUCCGAAUGAAAGCUUAUGCAUUCUGGCAAAGCUCAGAAGAUGCUGGAACAGGGGAUCCCCUGGCAGAAGAUAGGGGAUACAGCAAUGAGCUCCUCAUGGAAGACCUGAUCCCCACACUGAAGAUGGUCAUCCGAGCUGUUAGGAUUCUACAGUUCCGCCUCUAUAAGAAGAGAUUCAAGGAGACUUUGAGGCCUUACGAUGUAAAGGAUGUGAUAGAGCAAUAUUCAGCUGGACAUCUCGACAUGCUUUCCAGAAUCAAAUACCUUCAAGCAAGAAUAGAUAUGGUUUUUGCACCUGGGCCUCCAUCUACUCCCAGACACAGGAAAUCUCAGAAAGGAGGCACAUUCUCCUACCCUUCGCAGCAGUCUCCAAGGAAUGAGCCAUUCAUAAGUAAAGCAUCUGCAGAUGAUCCUGAAGAUCAAAGCAUGAUGGGCAAAUUUGUCAGAGUUGAAAGACAGGUCCACGACAUGGGGAAGAAGCUGGAUUUUUUAGUAGACAUGCACAAGCAACAUCUGGGCCAGCUGCAGGUCCAGGUCACCGACACGUGUCCUUUGAAAGAAGCCACGUCCCCAGCUGAGGACAACCGCUUUUCUGAACUGAAAUCCAUCAUUUACAAGUACUCCAAGCCUUCCAUUCACGAGCUGUCUCCAAGCUUCCACCACGUUCCCGUGAACAAAGUCCCUCCUUUUGGGUACUCAAGCCAGGACUGUGGUCACAACCCACUUUCACUGCCCUUCAGUGACCAGAACUCAGGCCGAUGGCAAGCCAUGCCCUUCUCCACUGCCUACUCAGAAAGGCCCACAGUCCUGCCAAUAGUGACUUUCAUGGACUCUCAGGUUUCCUUCCAGUCCCCGCCGAGAGAGCUCUGGAGCCCCCAUUCGGACAGAUUCUCCUCAAGACAAAGGCAAAGAGACAGCGACACCCCGUUAUCCCUGCUCUCGGUCAAUCACGAGGAACUCGAACGCUCCCCGAGCGGGUUCAGCAUCUCUCAAGACAGAGAUGAUUUCCUGUUCGGCCCAAAUGGCGGCUCCAGUUGGAUGAAGGAAAAACGCUAUUUGGCCGAGGGGGAAACGGACACGGACACCGACCCUUUCACUCCCAGUGGGUCUAUGCCUCUGUCCUCCACAGGGGACGGUAUUUCUGACUCAAUAUGGACUCCUUCAAGCAAGCCAAUUUAAUCUUCUCUACAGGGGGUGGGGUGGGGUGGGAUGUGGGAGGGUGGAGAUCCGGGCUGGCUUUUUCUUGUCCUGUAAACUUAAACUUUGUAUAUCUUAACGAUACCUGCCCAAAGCUUCCUCCCUCAAAAGCAAAAAAAAGCAAGCCACCACACCCGUCCCUUCACCACCAAUGGCUGUUCUGCAUGCAGGUGUUCGUGGACGUCUUUCUCCACCAUUUCACACAGUUGGGCGAUGCAGUUCUCCUCAUUGCUGCCAAAACGUUAAGCGGCUGAGUUUUGCGCAGGGUGGGGCGGUUAGUUUAUUUUAUUUUUAUAUAUUUGUUUGCAUGACUUUAUGCUCUAAAGGGUACAGGGAAUUUCCUCCAUGAUUAAAACCAUGAAGAAAAAAAUAAUAAUAAUAGCACUAUUCGCUUGGUAAGUCAAAGGGUCAGAUCGAUGUCAGAGUUAAAAAAAAAAACACCGCAGCAAAUGUGGAGAGUUAUAGGCUGCAUCGUGGUGAGCAAAAACAACCCUCAUUUCUAGAAUGAUGCCCUUGGCGAGGUGUGCAUGCAUUUGCAUCAUUCCUCUUUGCAAUUUUAGCUGUUUCCCUCUUGGCCGUCCAUUUUGUUCUCUCCCAUGUCGCCAUAGUAGGCCGAUUUAAUUCCGUUCCUUUGACCUCUCUGCUCCUGCACCUAUGUAAGAAACCCGAGAAUAUAACACAUUCCAGUA